AUGCACAACCUCGCUCCAGGACGUGGGACUGGCGCAGGGCCGACACACAGGUGCGGCCCAGGGCCACACGCACACCUCACACAGGCACGCCUACCCGGCGCUGAGAAGGUAGCCGUGCUCACCCGGCGUGUUUAUUUACUCAUUUGUAUCAAUGAACGUUUGUACCCGACUCCUCCUGCCUUUGGGUGCCAGGGCCACCGUGCUGGUCCCCAGCGCAGGAUAAUCGCCCGGGGACCACCACUGCGCUGGGCUGCUACCCGCGACAAGAGCUGCAAGCUGCCCAUCCCGAAGGGCUCCAUGGGCUUCCCGCUCAUCGGAGAGACCGGCCACUGGCUGCUACAGGGUUCCGGCUUCCAAUCGUCGCGGAGGGAGAAGUAUGGCAACGUGUUCAAGACACACUUGCUUGGGCGGCCGCUGAUCAGGGUGACCGGUGCGGAGAAUGUGCGCAAGAUACUCAUGGGCGAGCACCAUCUCGUGAGCACCGAGUGGCCGCGCAGCACUCGCAUGCUGCUGGGUCCCAACACGGUGGCCAACUCCAUCGGCGACAUCCACCGCAACAAGCGCAAGAUCUUCUCCAAGAUCUUCAGCCAUGAGGCCCUGGAGAGCUACCUACCCAAGAUCCAGCUGGUGAUCCAGGACACACUGCGUGCCUGGAGCAGCCAGCCCGAAGCCAUCAAUGUGUACCAAGAGGCACAGAAACUCACCUUCCGCAUGGCCAUCCGGGUGCUUCUGGGCUUCAGCAUCCCUGAGGAGGACCUUGGGCACCUGUUUGAGGUCUACCAGCAAUUUGUGGAGAAUGUUUUCUCCCUCCCUGUUGACUUGCCCUUCAGUGGCUACAGGCGGGGCAUUCAGGCUCGGCAGACUCUGCAGAAGGGCCUGGAAAAGGCCAUCAGGGAGAAGCUUCAGUGCACGCAGGGCAAGGACUACUCAGAUGCACUGGACAUCCUCAUUGAAAGCAGCAAGGAGCAUGGGAAGGAGAUGACUAUGCAGGAGCUGAAGGAUGGGACCCUGGAACUGAUCUUUGCAGCCUAUGCCACCACGGCCAGCGCCAGUACCUCGCUCAUUAUGCAGCUGCUGAAGCACCCAGCUGUGCUGGAGAAACUUCGAGAGGAGCUGCGGACCCAGGGCAUCCUGCACAGUGGUGGCUGCCCCUGUGAGGGCACCCUGCGCCUGGACACACUCAGCGGGCUGCGCUAUCUGGACUGCGUUAUUAAGGAGGUCAUGCGUCUUUUCACACCCAUUUCUGGUGGCUACCGCACUGUGCUGCAGACCUUCGAGCUCGAUGGUUUCCAGAUCCCCAAAGGCUGGAGUGUCAUGUACAGCAUCCGGGAUACCCAUGACACAGCACCCGUGUUCAAAGACGUGAAUGUGUUUGACCCUGACCGCUUCAGUCAGGCGCGGAGUGAAGACAAGGAUGGCCGCUUCCAUUACCUCCCCUUCGGUGGUGGCGUCCGGACCUGCCUGGGCAAGCACCUGGCCAAGCUCUUCCUGAAAUUGCUGGCGGUAGAGCUGGCCAGCACCAGCCGCUUUGAGCUGGCCACCCGGACCUUCCCCCGUAUCACCUUAGUCCCUGUCCUGCACCCCGUGGAUGGCCUCAGUGUCAGGUUCUUUGGCCUGGACUCCAACCAGAACAAGAUUCUGCCAGAGACUGAGGCCAUGCUGAGCGCUACCGUGUAGUAGUGGGGCUUGGGCCCACGCCCAGCCUCAGUCAGCCCACAGGGGAGUGGGGGCAGUGGAAGUAGAAACCUGUGUGUUCAAGGGGGCUGAAUCAGGGAGGGCCAGUGGCCCCCAUACUUGCCCUACUCUGGUCCCCCUUCUUGGCAAACCCUACCCAACACCAAAAGGGCCCUGUCCUUUCUGGGGGCAGGGCUUCCCUCCUGGAUCCUGCUCUCUCCAAUGCCUCCCCACUUCCCACAAGCUUAGCUCUUGGGAGAGGCCUGGCCAGGCUCUGCAUGCCGUUCCAGUGUUAUGUGUCAGUGGACUGUGCCUAAGUGUGUGCUUGUGACCUUCUGACCAGGGCUCUUCCCUCCCUUGUCUUUUAGUGGGCAGUCAGGAGAUUGUGCUAGGGGAGGGAGGGAAAAGGCCCGAACCUUGACACUUUCUUCAGCUCCCAGCCCUCCUGCCACUGCUCCAACAGUGCCUCUGGCACUGUGGCUGCUGAGGAGCAGUGUCCUAGGUCAACAUCACUAGUCAGCGUGGGUGGGGCAGGGCUGCCAUGGCCUGGAGAGCACCCCUGUCCUGCCCUGCCAGUUUGGACAUUUGAAAUUACCUAUUGCUGCUACUUGUUCUCUCCUCUGAUCAUGGGGCAUAGGAGCCUCAGGCCUGCUCCCCAGCAUUCUCCCUGGUGGCCCUGGGCAGGUACACUGACAUCCCAACUUUUCCCCAAGAUGGGACUCCACUGAGUCAGCCCUUUCCCUGCUCCACAUACACAACCAAGACCCUGGGCUCAUGGCAACCUGUGCUCCCCUGAUCUCAGCUGCAUUGAGUUCUGGAAUAAACAUCUGCAUCUGCUAGCCUCUGUCUCAGCUGUCCCCUUGCAGGCCUUCCGGGAGUGAAGAGGAAAGGGUCGCUGGUCAAACCCAGCCCCCUUAGUUGAGAGUUGAACAGCACCCACCCCUAGGCUCCAGACAGAUUAUUGGAUUUAACCUCAGAGCCUUGCCACCUGACUACAAUCCAGUGUCUCUGCCUGUUGUCCCCUGCUGGAGAUGGGAAAGUGGCUCAUUGCUUCCUCCCCAUCCUGUCAAAAGCCCUGAUCUUGGGGAUUUGGAGGCUGCUACAAUUCCAGCUGGCUAUUCUUCACCCCAGUGCCCCCUGCUCUGCUAAUGAGUAUGGAGAAGGAUACGGGUUCUUUCUUCUGAUGGGGCUCCAGGGCCUCCGUCUUCCUUUCCUAACCUUGCUCUUUGCCCUUAACCCUUGGAAAGGUGUCCUUGAAGUCCCUUCCACCUCUGUGCCACUAUUUGCUCGAGCCCAGCUCUGGGGUGUGAGGAGGAGGUGAGAACAAAGGGAAGGUGAGGUAGAGACAGUCCUCUCUCAGCACUGACUCAGGCCUGUGUGGUCUGGCAACUGUGGGGGAGGCUGCAGCAAGCCGAGGAGCGUAUGUGAGGUUUGUCAGAAGUGAUUUGGGUUGCAGGCAGGCCAGUCAGGAUGACUGGUUGAAAGAGAAGUAGCUCCCACCACUGGCAUUUUGAAAGUUGGCAGUUUGGGACACCUCCUGGGGUUGGUUUGGGCCCUUUGGUGAGUCUGUAAGCAAUUUUGUCUGUUUUCAGAUUUUUCUUUGCUUUCUGUGUUUCUCUGUUGGUUUUUGAUGUUGUAAUAGCAAUGAAUCCUCUUUUCAAGAAAAUCAAAAACAGAAGAAUGCAGCAAAUGACUAUCCCCAGCUACUGCUCUGAGCAGCUCAGUUCCUCCACCGUGGUGUCCAGUGGGUAAACCCCCAACAGGCCCUCUUUCAACUCUCUGAAGGGUGACUUACAGACUUUAUAGACACACGCGGAAUGUCCUGUAACCCACAUCCCCAAAUAUUUCAUAUGUUUCCUACUUUUCACUACUACACAGCGAGUAUGGAACAGGUACUAUUAGCAAAAAUGUUUGAAAUUUUUAAAAAAAUCAGCAAUUCCCCCUCCCAAUUCUGAAAGACAGGCUAAAAUGUGUAAAGACUCAUCAAAGCUUGCAAAAUAGUUUAACAGUACACCAGAAUCUGUUACCCACAAAAAGAACUCAGUGUCUGGAAGGUUCAUUUACCUUAAAUUGAUCCCAUUUGCCCUCAACCACUUGUUGCAGACUGAACAGCUAAGAAUGGGAGGAGUCUAGCCCCGGUGGGGGGGUGGUGGCUGGAAUGUUCUAGAAGGCUUCAGUGGCCGCCUAAGGGGGCAGCCUGGGAGGGGGUGGAGAAGGAAAAGUGGAGGGGGAUCCCUAUGAAGGAGGAAGGAAGGAUCAUUUGCUCUGCUGGAUCUGAAGGUGACAAGAAGAGGAGUGAGGAUAGCUCUUGACUGGCCUGCAGGAUUCCGCUGGGGCCACCACGCCUCCGUCUCCUCUGUAGAUCUGUGCUGAGGUCUCUGUGUCCCUGUGCUUGUGUGUGUGUUCUAUAAUGGUAGCAUUAGCUGAGUGAUGUUUUCUCACUUACUAUUCCUAACUAUUGUAAUGAUAAUAAAAAAGAAAACUCCACAGAAUUCCUGCCAUGGGCUUGCAGAAUGAAGCACUUUCGAUGUUGGGCGCUGAUGUUUAUGUUCUGGGCACCAUUCUGACCCCUGCCUGGAUCACUAUAAUAUUAUUUUAUACACAAAACUUUUUUUCGU